AUGAAUAUGGAAGAAUUCUUCAAGUUUGAUGUCGAAACUCAACGAAAGAUCAUAACCAACCUUAUUUUUAACUAUUCGACAAACUCGUCUCAGAAUACAAUGAAUGAAAUACCACCCCCAGGAUUUAACAUCUUCACUCAGAAUGAUUCUUCUCUUCCACUGAACCAGUUUGAGAAACCAAACGAAAGUAGUUUAAACUUGUUUCAUCAGUCUCUGUUUCAUUCCAACAACAAUUUCAAUAGCAAUACGAACUCCACUUGUAUUCCACAUAGACAAACCUCUGAUCUUUGUAUCAAUGGAUUACAAUCAUGUGAAAGUCAACCAACACUGGACGAAUCUCCAAACUUGAUGUUGAAACUUGACAUUUUCGAUUUUUAUCAAUCUUACUUGAAUACCCUAGACGAUUACAACCAAGGAGUAACUAUGAAACAUCACUUGUUGGAUAACAUUCAUCCAGAAAUGAGCAUUAGCAACGUUUGCGAAAAUACCAAUUUGUCGUUUAUUCGAAACCAAGAUGCAAAUCGAAUCAGUGUUGAUUCCCAAGCAAUUUCCUUGAGAUCUUCUACAAGAAUUGUCAGCUCCUCGCCAAUCAUGAAUUGCCUUCUUUCCAAUAAUCAUGCUUCGAAUAGUUCUCAAAUGCAUGAUGAAUCGCCAACUCUUUCCAAUUGCAGCUUUCCCAUAACUAAAGAUGUGAGCAAUACAACAACAACAUCAAGUCAGUCUUCAUCCUCUCCAACAAUGUCAUGUUCUUCCAUUCCUUUCGAAUAUGGUUUCAAUAAUAAUGAAAGAAGUAAACUUGAAACUCAUUCCAGUUCUAUCCUCCAACAAAAUAAGAAUCCUAAACCUUCCAAAUCCUCCAAAACAUGUAACAAUAUUCAAAUCAAGCCCUUCUCCUAUAAACAUUCAUCCAAGUCAAAUGUCAAGCUCAGUUCAACCAUUUAUACGAGAUUUUCAAUGAAUACAAACUCGAAUGAUAACUCGAAUACAAACCAGAAUCAAGUUUCUGAUCUAGUUUCGUAUUUAACAAGAUCUUUGGAAAUGAAAGAAAUAGAAGUCAAUCAAUCUCGCUAUUCUCAAUUGAAUUAUAAUAUUGAUUCUGUUCAAGAAUUUGAUGCUUGUCAUCUCAAACUAGAUAUGGAAGACUUUCUUCAAUCCUAUUCUUCUCUACAGGAAUCCUUUCAAUAUUCGAAACCAACGACUCCCCAAGAAACCACCUUUCAAAUUCUCGAUACUCAACUGCAAACUCCACUACCGAUCAACACCGAUAGCAAUUCCACCAUCAAUUCAUCUGUAAAUACAACAAGUUCUGAACAAAUUAAGAUAUCCGUUAAAAAACCAAACUUCUCUAAGGUUAACCAAAAAAGAACAACCUCUAUACUGAAACGUACUAGAAGUGUAUCGAAUGAAGUUGAUCAAUCUCACUUGGAUGGAAAUGAAGAGAAUCUCAUGAUAGUGCAGACGAAACGAACGAAAAGCGUGAAGAAACAGCCAUCCAAUAGCCCUAUCCGAAAGAAGAGAGUGGCAACUCCACAAUCAAUGAUGCAAUUUAAAUUCAACAGAUGGACGUUUCAUACUGUGAAACAAUAA